AUGGUCUUCAAGUUCGUGGUCUUCUCUUGCCUUGUGGCCGUGGCUUACGGAGGCGCAGUACGAGCAGCUAUAGCAGCAGCCCCUGUUGCAUACACUGCUCCAGCUGUCGCGGCAAGACUAGAGGAACUCGAUUCUUUUCCUCAGUAUAGGUUUGGGUACAAUGUAGCUGACUCUCUCACUGGAGACUACAAGAGCCAACAGGAACAACGCGAUGGGGACGUCGUUCAAGGACAGUACUCUUUUGUAGAAGCUGACGGUACACGCCGCGUUGUAGAUUAUGCUUCGGACCCUGUCAAUGGUUUCAAUGCAGUUGUACGUAACGAACCCCUGGUUGCUGCAGCGCCUGCUGUUGUUGCUGAGCCUGCAGUCGUGCCCGCUCGCAUUGCCGCAGCUCCUGCAGUUGCCGUUGCCGAGCCCGUGGUAGCUGCUAAGGUUGCUGCUCCUAUCGUAGCCCAACCCGCGGCUGCUGUUGUAGCAGCUCGUUACGCCGUCGCUCCUGCUGCUCGUUACACUGUAGCGGCAGCGCCCGUAGCAGCUCCAGUAGUUUCUAGAUACGCUACAGCUCCUGUUGCUGCAACUCAAUACGUUGCGCCUGCAGCUCAAUAUCUCGUUGCCCCUGCCGCUCAGUACGUGGCUGCCCCCGCUCCCUUAGUGAGCGCUCGAUACGCCGCUAGUCCAUUUGUAGCAACCCGGUAUGCCGCUCCAGUAUCAGGCUACGCGACCAAUGCCGCUGCCUACUCUGCUCCAGUAGCAGCUGCCUAUACCUCAGCUGUACCUGCGAGGUUCACCUAUGCCGCUCCCGUAGCCGCACCCGCCCAAUUUGCCGCCACGCCGGUCGCAGCAGCACCAGCCAAGAUCGUCGAAAAUGUCGCAGCUGGUUAUCGUUACCCC